GCAGCCGCCGGCCACUCGGGAAGGGCCCGUCGCCGCCCGGCGGGACGAGGGGACCUUGUGGGGACGUCCGCGGGUGCGGCGACCCGCCCGGCACUUUCCCGCGGCCGGGGCGCGCUCGCAGGGGGCCCCUGGGGCCCAGCGCCGCCUCGGUCGACCCCCGGGGCGCCCCUGGAUGGCUGAGCCGUCCCCCCGCCGGCCGCCCGGGGGCCUCAGCGGCUGAGCUCGCCGGGCCGCCGCCCCGCCCGCUGCAUGCCCGGCGCCCGGGUCGCGGCCCACCUGGACGCGCUGGGCCCCCUGGUCCCCUACGUGUCCCCGCCGCUGCUGCCCUCUAUGUUCUUCGUGGGCCUCUUUUUCGUCAACGUGCUGAUCCUGUACUACGCCUUCCUCAUGGAGUACAUCGUCCUCAACGUGGGCCUCGUCUUCCUGCCCGAAGACAUGGACCAGGCGCUCGUGGACCUCGGCGUGCUCUCCGACCCCGGCUCCGGCCUCUACGAUGCCGACUCGGAGCUCGACGUCUUCGAUGGGUACUUGGAGUAGAGUCUUCACUGCCGUUCCCCGCUCCCGUGGACGACCCGCAACCCUCGGGCUGGACCAGCCGCCCGGAUCCUGCCGCCGCUUCCGGCUGAGGGCACCGUCCGGACGAGGAUGGGACCCCAGGACGAGGCCCUCCCCCGCCUCCAAGGCCUGCCUGCUCCCCUCCAAAGCUUCGUGCCAACAGAUUGGUUCCCGUCUGGACCCAGGAGGGCGGAAGGAGAGAUGGGGACUGAGUGCCUGUCCCUGGAGAAGGGGGAAGGCCAGGGGACCCCAGGGACCGCGUCUGCCUGCAGUGUGCCACAGACGGCCCGGCCUCGGCCUGGGACCCUGCGGGCACGGCGGAUGUUUACAGGAACCCAGCCAAAGUUUGCCUCCCUGCACUUCACCCCCGGCCGCGCCUGCUCCCCCCACUUAGCCCUCGGAGAGGACACCUCAAACAGCGGACACGCACAAAAGCGACUUCCGUUGGAUGCCAGUUGAGCCUUAAGCCCGGCUGGGCUGAGCCCGAGGCUGGUCUUACAUGCAGGGACUGUUUCAGGGAGUGACUCAGAAGAAAAAGAAGCUGAGGACGCUGUCGGGGCCGAGGGUAGGGUUUUGACUUCUUUUUUUCAAGCUGCUUAUUCCUCAAGUUGGCAAAAGCGAGACAUCGCGCUGGGGAGGGCCGUGUGGCUCCCCGGGCUGGAAAUACUUUUCGGAAAGCGUGAGUGGUGUGAAUACUUGAUUUCGAUAAACCUGUAAAAGCAAUACUUAGGAGGCUGACUUCUUUUGAUUAAAAAGUGUAUGCAACUCCA